UCUGUUAUCCUAAGUUUAACAUUUAUUUUCUGUUAGAAUUAGUCCACUUGGUUUAUAUUUUAUACAUUAAGGAAAGUCUGAUGGAUCCUUCUUCUUAUAUAACUCGUUCAACUCUGUCAUUGUCUGCAUUCUUGAUUUCUCAGUCUCCUUCAGUUCUAGCAGCAGCCAUUUACCAAGUCAAUUCUCUUUCUUCUUGUUCACACACAAACCCCAUUUUCCAAUUUCAACUUCUUUGUUCUAUAUAUACACAUUUCCUCAUUAUUUCCCAUCUGGGGUUUUUCUUGUUUUGGCCUGUUAAGCUGAUCUUUUCUCUCUAUUUUGCUCUUUCUUUUGGAAUUUUGAUCUUUCAAGAUUUGUUUUGGUGACCGUAAAUUCUGGUAAUUUGUGUUAAAGUUGAGAUCUUUACAUUUAUUAUAACUGAUACUUGAGUGAUUACCUGUUUAGUAUAUGAUCUGCCAUUGCUGCAAUUUAGAAUUUUGACUUUUGUGGUCAGUUUUGUUGUAAAGGGGGUUUAAAUUUGAGAGGGGUUGAGGAUUUAAAAAGAAGGUGUUUUUAUGGCUCAUUUGUCUUAUUCUGAUUCUAUUAGUUCACAACAUGGUCAAGGUGUCCAAGUUCUCCCAUUUAAGACAUCAACAGGAUCACUUAGGGUGUUGUUGUUGCAUGGAAAUUUGGAUAUUUGGGUGAGGGAGGCUAAGAAUUUGCCAAACAUGGAUCUAUUUCAUAAGAAAUUGGAUAACUUGAUUGGAGGAUUGGCAAAACUUGGCAGUAAAAAGGAAGGCGCCACGAAGAUUACUAGUGAUCCUUAUGUUACAGUUUCAGUAUCUAAUGCUGUGGUUGCUAGAACAUAUGUGAUUACCAAUAGCGAAAAUCCGGUUUGGAUGCAGCACUUUUAUGUACCAGUAGCACAUUAUGCACCAGAAGUUCACUUUGUUGUUAAAGAUAAUGAUGUUGUAGGAUCUCAAAUUAUAGGUGCUGUUGGAAUUCCAGUAGAGCAACUAUGUUCUGGUGAAUUCAUUGAGGGAACAUUUCCAAUUAUAAAUGGUAGUGGGAAGCCUUGUAAGGAAGGAGCUGUCUUGACUUUAUCAAUUCAGUUCACUCCAACGGAGAGGGUACCUCUUUAUUAUGGUGGUGUAGGAGGAGAUCACGCGUAUAAGGGCGUGCCGGGGACUUAUUUCCCUCUCAGACGAGGCGGAAAAGUAACACUUUAUCAAGACGCUCAUGUACCCGAGGGCAGCCUUCCUAAUUUGUGGCUUGAUAACGGAGUGCAGUAUAAGCAUGGACAGUGUUGGCAGGAUAUGUUCAAUGCAAUAAAUCAGGCUCGUCGGUUGAUUUACAUUACAGGAUGGUCGGUGUACCACUUAGUUACACUUGUUAGGGAUAAUGGAAAAGCUGAGGAGAGCAUGUUGGGGGAAAUUCUCAAGAGGAAGUCACAAGAAGGUGUGAGAGUACUGCUUCUCAUAUGGGAUGAUCCUACCUCUUCUAAGAGCAUUUUGGGAUACAAAAGUGAAGGAAUCAUGGGAACUAGUGAUGAAGAAACUCGUCGCUAUUUUAAGCAUUCUUCAGUGCACGUGCUACUUUGUCCCCGUUCUGCUGGAAAAGGACACAGCUGGGUCAAAAAACAGGAAACUGGAACAAUAUACACACAUCAUCAGAAAACUGUAAUAGUGGAUGCAGAUGCUGGUAAUUACCAGAGAAAGAUUAUCGCUUUCGUUGGUGGCCUUGAUUUGUGCAAAGGGCGUUAUGAUACUCCACAACACCCUAUCUUUAAAACAUUGCAAAAUGUGCACAAAGAUGACUAUCAUCAGCCUAACUACACGGGCCCUACUACCGGUUGUCCUAGAGAACCUUGGCAUGAUUUACAUAGUCGGAUCGAGGGGCCUGCUGCAUAUGAUGUCCUAACUAACUUCGAAGAGCGCUGGUUGAAGGCUUCAAAGCGCCAUGGACUUCAAAAGAUGAAAGCUUCACAAGAUGAUGCAUUACUCCAACUUGACAGGAUUCCCGACAUAUUAAAAAUAGCUGAUGUCCCUUGCCUAGGAGAAGAUGAUGCAGAUACGUGGCAUGUCCAGAUUUUCCGGUCGAUUGACUCCAACUCUGUUAAAGGGUUCCCCAAAGAUCCCAAAGAAGCCACUAACAAGAAUCUAGUUUGUGGUAAGAAUGUGCUGAUAGAUAUGAGCAUACAUACUGCCUAUGUAAAGGCAAUCCGAGCUGCCCAACAUUUCAUCUACAUUGAGAACCAGUACUUCCUAGGGUCCUCUUACAAUUGGAAUAACUACCAAGAUUUAGGUGCAAAUAACUUGAUACCAAUGGAGAUUGCUCUAAAAAUUGCCAACAAAAUACGGGCAAAUGAGAGGUUUUCAGUAUAUAUAGUUGUUCCUAUGUGGCCAGAGGGUGUUCCAACCAGUACUGCUACUCAGAGAAUACUUUUUUGGCAGCACAAUACCAUGCAGAUGAUGUAUGACACAAUUUACAAAGCUUUAGUAGAGGUAGGGCUGGAAAACACAUUUGAACCCCAAGACUAUUUGAAUUUCUUCUGUCUUGGCAAUCGCGAGGUUCAGGAAGAUGGAAACAAUACAGUUGUCAAAAGUUCUAAGCCAACUACACCUCAGGAACUCAGUCAGAAAAGUCGGCGUUUUAUGAUAUAUGUACAUUCAAAAGGAAUGAUAGUGGAUGAUGAGUAUGUUAUAUUGGGAUCUGCGAACAUUAAUCAACGUUCCCUGGAAGGCACCCGAGAUACUGAAAUUGCAAUGGGUUCUUAUCAGCCUCAUCAUACAUGGGCAACCAAACACUCUCGACCACAUGGACAGGUAUACGGCUACAGGAUGUCACUGUGGGCAGAGCACACGGGAACUCUUGAGCAAUGUUUCGAGCUUCCAGAGAGUCUUGAAUGCGUGAGACGGAUAAGAGUAUUUGGUGAACACAACUGGCUACAAUACGCGGCUGAUGAAGUAACUGAGAUGAGAGGCCACCUUCUUAAGUAUCCUGUUGAAGUUGAUCGAAUGGGCAAGGUCAAGUCACUACCUGGCUGUGAAACCUUUCCAGAUAUCGGAGGGAAGAUAAUCGGCACAUUCACCGGCGUUCAAGAAAAUCUCACUAUCUGAUCUAGGGAAUUCUGCCCUAGUGUAGCUUUUGAAAAUUUUCAAGAAUCCUCAUUCUGCAGUCUGAGAGUUGUUUCUGCACCAUGUUUCAUGUAGGCCAUGAUUUCCAGCUUAUAACUGGUAGAUUUUCUUGUUUUUUUUUUCCCUCCGUUUUUUGCCUAGUGUUGGUUUUAUAAACUAGAAUGAGAAAAGGUUUCAUUGUAUUCUGAUGCUUUUGACUAGAAAUGCUAUAGCAUUGGUUAAAAAGAAAAGUCUUUAUGAUACUUCUGAUUAAUUAAUUAAAUAAAAAGAGCCUCAUUGAUACUUUCCCUUA